AUGGAAGACUUAAUAGGAGCAAUGAAGGGAACGGAGCUUCGGAAAGGACUCUACCUGCUCCAAAAUAGGCUGAUGUUGCUGCAGGCAAAUCUCUCAUCCAAAGGAGCUCCCCUCAAGUUCAUCCCUUCGGUGCUGAAAGAAGGUAAGAAAGUGGCUAAAUUGGAUCAAUUUGAAGUUGAUAAGCUGUCAAAAGCAUGGUCUACUGCUGUUAUUCUAUAUGUCGUGGGUCAGACUCCCUCUAUUGGGACUCUCACUAGAUUCAUUGACCAGCACUGGAAUCAUGUUGGUAAACCCAGGAUUUUUCUUCAUGAUAAAGGGUACUUUAUCAUUAAAUUUGCUUCAAUUGAUGAUAGAAAUGAGAUUUUGUAUGCUAGGCCCCAUAUGAUUAAUAGUAGACCCAUGAUUAUUAAGGCCUGGUCCCCUGAUUUUGAUUUUCAAGCUGAAGUUUCAAGGGUAGUACCCCUGUGGAUUAGAUUGUACAACCUCCCUCUUAACUUCUGGGAACCUGAGUCCCUAAGUAGGAUUGGUAGCAUGAUUGGGGUCCCUCUUUUUGCUGAUGAAUGCACAACUCACCAGCAGAGGAUCACUUUUGCAAGGAUGCUAGUUGAAGUAGAUGUUACUAAAGACUUGACUAAAAGUGUGAGCAUAGAAGAUGGGUCUGGGAGAGUUAUUGAACAAAAAGUCCAUUUUGAGUGGGCACCAUCCUAUUGUUUGAAAUGCAAUACCAUUGGACAUGAUUGUCUUAAGAAGAAAGCUGCUUCAGGAAAAGAAGGGCCUAAGCCUAUUCAGAGAUGGGUUCCUAAGACUGGACAACCUACUAUUCCUAAAUCCCCUGUGAGUAGCAAGGAGAGUAUAGGGGGAGGUGAUGUUGAUGCUCUGCAGUCAAGGGAAGAUGCUAUUGUGAAUAAGGAGGUAGGUGGGAAUGUCAUAGAUGAUGCAGUUCAGAGUAGUGUUGCUGAUGUAUUGAUCUCUGAGGUAGGGAGGAAUGUUGGGGAGACCUCCAGGAGUGAACCUCAAGUUCCUACUUGGAAUAUUGUUACCAGAGGCUAG